UCCUGCCUGCCCCGCUCUCUCUCCCUCUUCCUCUUCCUCGUAUUCGGAACUAUUUCAGGGAGAAGAAAAGCCCUAAAAACCCUAGAAAGAAGGCCAGAAGAAGGAAAGCAGGGGGAUUGAAUUGAAGAUCUGAGAAUGUCGGGAGCUGCUGGUACUCAGGAAGAAGAUAAGAAGCCAGCGGAUCAGUCCGCUCAUAUCAAUCUCAAGGUUAAAGGCCAGGAUGGGAAUGAGGUGUUUUUCAGGAUCAAGCGCAGCACCCAGCUGCGGAAGCUCAUGAAUGCUUACUGUGACCGACAGUCAGUGGACUUCAACUCCAUUGCAUUCUUAUUUGAUGGACGUCGCCUGCGUGGAGAGCAGACCCCAGAUGAACUUGAAAUGGAGGAUGGGGAUGAGAUUGAUGCCAUGCUGCAUCAAACUGGUGGCGGCCAUGGAAGUGUAGUAGGCUGAGAUGGAUUGCGCAUGCAAAAGAAGAAACUGUAGAGAAGAGGAGGAGAAACUAUGCCCUAAUUAGUCUACACUUUCUGUUUUCCUAGGACGUGCCUCUGUAUAGAAGGAUUUGCUGAAGACUUGGAUAUAUAAAAUACUGAAGUCGCAGUUGCCUUUUUUCUUUUUAAAAGAAGUUAUGUAUGGUUAUGGUGAGUGGUAAGUCAUCUCCUUCUUGAGGAACUGCUCAUCACCCUUCAUACCGAAUUGUGUGGGUGUGAUUGUUUUCCUUUUUGGGGUGAUAUGGCAACUGCUUAGCUGUUGGAAACUUGAUUAGAUAUUCAUGUUUAUUUUCAAUGUAUCUUGUUUUGAC